GGAAAUGGAGAAGACCCACCUGAUGUGAAACCUACAGGAGGAAAUGGAGAAGACCCAUCUGAUUCUCUACAGGAGAAAAUGGAGAAGACCCACCUGAUUCGGUGUUCACCAGAGGAGGAAAUGGAGAAGACCCACCUGAUUCGAUGUCCAGCCCUAAAGACAAGUACGGAAAGCCAAAGAUACUGGUAUACAGGAGGAAAUGGAGAAGACCCACCUGAUUCGGUGUUCAAAGGAGGAAAUGGAGAAGACCCACCUGAUUCGGUGUCUAGCGAUCAACCCACAUGCCCUCUAUGUAACCUACAGGAGGAAAUCUGGCGAAGCACCUUCACAGAUUAG